UGCUCUUUGAUUGGUCCAUGCUUCACUUCCGGUGGCAGGGUCCCGUAUGUUACCAAAACACUACAGGAGUCAGCGGGUCUGUCGGAGUGUGUGUGAGCGAGUCGCAGCCUGCCAAGCAUUCAGGUCCACUAUGUCCAGUGAAGACCUCAUGUCAGUGGAUUAUGAAGUUUAUGGCAGAGUACAAGGUGUAUUUUUUCGAAAAUACACUCAAGCAGAGGGCAAGAGGCUCGGCUUGGUUGGCUGGGUCCAAAACACGGACGCAGGAACCGUCCAGGGUCAGCUGCAGGGGCCGAGCAGCAAGGUGAAAGAAAUGCAAGAGUGGCUCCAGUCCACCGGGAGCCCUCAGUCAAAAAUAAUGAAAGCAGAGUUCAAGAAUGAGAAGAAAAUACAAAGCCUAGAUCACUCCACUUUUAAAAUAGUUCGCCCAUAAGCGAACUAAACGUGUACUGAUAACCUUGAGGUAGAUUUUUUAAAUUUUUUUUAGUUAUUUAUUUUUAUUUUAUUUUAUUUUGUAUUGCAUAGAAUGUGAUAUCUUUUGUGAACUCAACGGGUGUAUGGUGUGUUUGCUUAAAAUCCAUCAACUGUGGAAUAACAUGUUAAUAAAUUCAAAAUACCUCUAACAGAA